UUCUAUUUCUGAUUGUGGAAAUACCGCGGGUUUCCGAGUAAUUCCGUAAACUUUAGCAUCAAAGCCAGAUCAACCAAAAUUCCUUCUUUAGCAAAAAACGUCGAAUAAAGUAAUUACCAGUCAGGAUUUUUACUUUAAUUGAAAAGAAACUUAAUCCUUGACAUAUUUAGCUGGAUUUAUUGGCGACAAUGGUAAAGUACGAAGUUCGUGUACCUACUUAUACGGCGUCUGCCGUUAGUCCUUCUGAGCGUGAUCGUAUUUUGGCUCGUCCUAUUCAAGAUACUCAGAAUAUCCGUAAAAUUGUUGAGCCUAUCAUUGACGAUGUAAAAGCUCGUGGUGAGGCAGCCCUUGUUGAAUUUGCUGCCAAGUUUGAAAAGGCAGAAUUAAAGUCUGCUAUUUUGAAGGCUCCCUUCAAUGAGUCAAUGAUGAAGGUUGACCCAAGGAUUCGAGAAGAUAUCGACAUCGCCUAUAAUAACAUCUUCGCUUUUCAUUCUGCUCAAUUGCGUCCCAACAUCUCAGUUGAAACCAUGCGCGGUGUUGUCUGCCAGAGGAUGUCUCGUCCUAUAGAGCGUGUUGGAUUAUACAUUCCUGGUGGUACGGCUGUUUUGCCCUCAACUGCCUUGAUGUUGGGAGUUCCAGCCAAGGUUGCUGGUUGUCCUCAUAUUGUCAUCUCCACACCUGCUCGUAAGGAUGGUACUGUGGCUCCUGAAAUUGUCUAUAUUGCCCACAAACUUGGUGCUGAGGAAAUUAUAUUGGCUGGUGGUGCUCAAGCUGUAGCUGCUAUGGCGUAUGGUCUUCCCGGUGUCCCCAAGGUAAACAAGAUCUUCGGCCCUGGAAACCAAUUUGUGACCGCAGCCAAGAUGCACGUUCAAAAUGAUUAUGGUGCCCUAGUAGCUAUUGACCUUCCUGCUGGUCCUUCGGAAGUAUUGGUCAUUGUAGAUGAAUCUUGCAAUGCCGAAAGCGUUGCUCUUGAUUUGCUUUCACAAGCAGAGCAUGGUUUGGAUAGUCAAAUUGUUUUAAUCGCGGUAGCACUUACUGAUGAGCAAUUUGAUGAGAUUGAGGCGGCCAUUAACCAUCAUGCCUUGCGUUUGUCUCGUUCUUCUAUCAUACAACACGCAAUUAAGAAGUCGGUUAUCAUUCGUACUGAUUCUACUGAUGAAGCGUUUGAAUGGUCCAAUCUUUAUGGCCCAGAGCACUUGGUUCUUCACCUUAAAAAUGCUUCUUCUCAGCUGCCAAAAGUUAACAACGCUGGUAGCGUUUUCGUUGGACCCUGGUCUCCUGUCAGUAUGGGAGAUUACGCUUCUGGCACAAACCACACUUUACCGACAUACGGAUAUGCUAACGCCUAUUCUGGUGUUAACACAGACAGCUUUUUGAAGUAUAUUACUACUCAAGAACUCACUGAGGAAGGUAUCCAACGUUUGGGUCCUUCUGUGAUUCGACUUGCCGAAUUGGAAGGACUUACUGCUCACGCUGAUGCAGUUCGUGUUCGUGGUGUAAAGCUUUAAAGUUAAAUAAUAAGGUCAGUAAAUGCAUUUUGAAUACAUGGGCAAGGAUAGAGGUUUCAAAUGUUUUUUGCUGGGAAAUUUGAAAGAUUACAAACAAUUGUCAUUAGCACGUUUAUAUGGUUAUAUAAGUUCUCUCUACCUUUACUCUAAUAUUAAUAGAUUUCCAAAGGUGUAUAAGUGUAUUUUCUGC